AAACUUCCUACUGCUACUGUUACUGCGCUGCUUUUUUUUUGUUCCAUCGUCGUCUCUACCAGCGUUGAAUUCUCGGUUCGAAUUCAAUAUCUGGUUUUAUUUCCUUGAUUGCCCACUACCUGCUCGACGAAUUUCCUCAAUAGAACCCUAAGUUAUCAUCUGGCUUUGAAUAGUCCAAUGGCAGAAAUAAGUCUUGGUAUGCUUAUAGACAUUGUGGAUGAAGAGUGGAUGAGGGACACUCUCCCUGAUGAUGAUCUCCCAUUGCCUCCAGUGCUUGCUGUUAGGACUGAUGAUACUGAAGAAACUAAUCAAGAAACUCAGCAGCCAGAUAGAGAAGUUUGGCACGAUCUUGCACUCGAUACACAGUAGAAACUUUUACAUAAGACUCUUGCAUUCUCUUGUUGUGUAUGAUAUCAUAAAUAGAACUUUGUAUGAAGACAAUCUCUGCGUUGGACUUCUAUUAAUUAAACUCUCUUUCUUUUA